GACGUCACCGCCCCUUUCGUGCGCUUUGGAAUCGUUCCGGUUUUGUUGCUGAGAGUUGAAAAAGACACACGGCGCUCUUUGUCCGCGGUAUGAAGUUCCCUGUGGAUUUGCUGGCUGAUGUCAGCCUGGCUGAGCUGGAAGCAGCAGCUCACACCUACAUGGACAAACUCCUUUGGGGCAACCCAGAUUCUGCUGAGCAACUCACCCUCUCUGACUCCACUAAGGUCAGCGUAGACAUUUCCAGGGUAGGCUAUGUUCCUCUGCAUGGCUCCAGUGACACGGAGAGGAUGCUGGCCCUCUUUUCUCCCGCCAACCCCUUCACCGCUGUCGCUCUGUACCUGUUGGACCGGUGGUGGACCGCAGAUGAUAUUCUCAAGACGUCUGACCUUGCUCGAGAUGGAGCGGUUGAGGUGGAGACAGUUGGGGAGAGAAUAGUGUUGUAUAGCCUGAAUCGGGUGAUCUACAGAGCAAGGGAGAUCAACUCCAAAGAGGAGCUUCCCUUCCUCUGCCAUGGGGAGAAUGAUUAUGCAAAGAUUUACUGGAAUAAUGGGGAGGCUGUUGGCUUCUACUCAGUCAAAACCUCAGGCAGUUUAUACAAUUAUUUUUCAACAAGAAGAUAUGAGCUUCCUGUCAUGGACUCUAUAUUUGUGAGGAAACGUCACCGUGGUAAUGGCUUUGGCCUUCACAUGCUGGAGGACUUUGUGCUGAGUUUUCACGACGACUGUGUGGGAUUGCGGUAUCCACUCACCAAAGCCAUGUACAAAAUGUGUGAGAAGUACCUGGGUCAGUACCCAGGAGACACAGGCCUACUUUGGGAGGUGGAGGGAGUAGGUGGACCAAACCAGAGGUUUAACAUUGCCAGCAAGGUUCAGACCAUGGAUUUGAGGGCGUUACCAACGAGUUUGUUUGAGACACUACAUGAGGUCACGAGUGAGACAAAAAAGGGAGUGACCAAGGAGACAAUUGCCACACAAAUAAAAGAAGCUGAAUCUAUGGCGUACACAGUAGAAAUUGUGGAAGACGUAUCAGUGUGUUCCGCCACUAAAGAUACCGGUGACAAGUCUGUUGCAACUCGGAGUAGAAGCAGUGGCCGAAACCAAACGAAGAAAGCUGAUAAGAUUUCAGAGAGGCAAUCUAAAAAAGUUAUAAGAGUUGAGGAUAUUGAAGCAGAGCCCCCAGAGGAACACGUUUCUGGCAAACAGAAGACUGCUGCUUUUUCUGAUUUUGUGAUGACUGAGGGAACAUAUAGUAUCGUUACUGAAGAAAAGGAGAAAGAUGAUGUCGCCAUUGCAGUAGAAGAAUCUGCGGGAGUGAACACUACUUUAACACCACAAGAAGUUGAGGAUGCACCAGCACUUGCUGCAGAGGAGUGUCAAGACAGAGAGGAUCUGAUGGACGCCUGCUGUGAUUCUCACAGUGGAAUUGAAAAUGUGUCAGAAAGGCAAGGAGUAGAGGAGGUGUCUCACGAGAAGGUCAACGCUGUAGAAGAAUUGAAUAUGACCAUUGAUGAAAAGUUUGUGGAAAAAGCGAAUUCUCUUACUGAGGGAUCUGAUGAAGAUCACGAUGAAUCAACAGUUGUACCUCUUAGAGGCAGAUGUAAGACAGCUCCUGAAGAAAUCAACCAAUAUAGUCACGUAGAACCUGGCAGGAUGGUAAAUGAAACGGAAGGAGAAAGGUCAGCUGAGGAACUGAGUUUUGCAGGAAAAUGUGAUGCUUCAAAGGCUGGAGAGGAAGAAAAAGCUUUAACUGCGGUAGACCUGGAAGGGAGGAAUGAAGUACAGGAAGAUGAAAACACUAAAGGAACGGCAGAGGCUGUAACUGUGGCAGUAGAUAAUAAUGAGAAAGAUGCAGAUAACGUGACACAAGAGCUUGACACAGCCAGUGUUGCUUUAGAAAAAGACAAGCCUGAUGAGUACCACAGUGUCCUACCAGAAAAAGAAGCAUCUCAGGAAAAAGGCAUUGAACUUCACAAGCUCCAGAAAGCCACAGUCAUCCUACUGGAUUUAAAAACAACGCACCAUCAACUGAGUGUGAAGGAAGUGGAAAAAACACUAGCCCCCAGGGAGUGUGCUGAAUUACAAAACCAGGAGACUAAGCUCGAAGCAAAAGAGGAAAACGAUCUGUCCAGUUCUGUUGGAGAGGACCCCAAACCAGAAAAGUCUGAAACAGUGUCAGAGGAAAACAGGACAGAAGAAUCUAUCAGUACUAUUUAUACACCUACAGAAACCGAUACUGAAAAAAUAAAAGAUGGUAUUUCAGAAAAACAAAAUGAGGAAAAUAUAGUCAAGAUUGAAGAAGUGCCAGUCAUUGAAAUACGAGUUCCUAGGAGCAGGAGGAGGAAGGUUGAAACAAGGUGUAAGACAACAAGUAGCCCCAAAAAUUAUCUGGCAGAAGACAAAGAUGGUAUUCCUGUCAAGGAAUUCAAUGAAGCAGGUGUCAUUAUGAUGGAAGAAGAGACUUCAGCUGUAACAAAAGACACCGAGCAGGGCAAACAAAGUGCAAAUGCAGGGACAUCUGUAAAUAUAAAGGAAGGCAUCGUAGAGAUGAUGACAACAAUGGAAGAGUAUUCAGUGGUUAUGACGGCAUCCUCAGAUGACCUAUUACAAGCAAAGAAUCCUGUCGCAAAGAAUCCUGUCGAAGAAAUAGAACUUACUGCAGCUCCACAACAGAGUGUAGAAGUGGUUUCAAAGACACUGGCUCUGAAAUCCGUUACUGUAGUUUUACUGGACCACAUAGUCCAAGAAGAGACUUCUGCUAAAAAUGGAGAUAAGCAUGAGGAGCAGACACACAAGGGAACCCUGACAGAGAAUUAUUUUGCUGAAUCAUCUGUGGGUAAAGACACUGAGCAGGAAGACCUAGUUAUGGAAGAUUGUACAGAGGAAACAAAGGUUCAAGUAAUAGGUCACAAGGGAAAAGUUGAAGAAGCAGAUGAAUUAAUUCAGGAUAAUCAACAGAUGUAUCAUCAAGAAGGGAGCCUUGAGGACAAGAAUGUUGAUCUACAAAUGCAAACUUCAGAACUAAAAACAGACACUGUGAUUAGAGACUGUGUUUUGGAACAAGAGGACAUUCAACAUGGAGAAAAAGGGGAAUGUGAGGCAACUGAGCCAGAGGUUGCAGCUGCAAACACUCCUUAUGAGGGGAGCACCUUGAAUGAUCCUACACAGGAAUCCAUGAAAACACAAGGCUCAGGAGAGCCUGAACAGACCCAAUCUGUAUUGGCCACCAUUGCAUCAGGGGACAAUGUGCAAGAGACACAGGUGGAGGAAUUUACAUUCACGGUUGAUCAGAGUUCUGAAGGGAUGAGCUCUGUGAAAAAGAGGGCAGAUAUUGGUAAACUAGAAGUAGAAGUAGAACGGGUUCUGGAUAAAAGAGGGAAGUCUGUUCCUGCUAACACUCAACAUAAAUCAAAAAUAGCCUGCAAAUGGCAUCAGUCGGAAGGAGAGGAAGAAGAAACAGCUUCACAAGAAGAAAUACGGGCUGCGCAAACAGCACAGCUACUGGAAGAAGCUGAGGACAAAGGUGGGAAUAGAGGAACAGGAGAAAGGGAUGAGGAGGAAGCUGUGACUCAGAGGGGAGAAAACACUGAUCCACAAGUUGAGAUGGAAAAAGAAGAAUCUAUUGCACAUCCUGAGAAACAGGAAGAGGGACAGACAUGUAUUAUGGAAAUGGAAGAGACUGAUGAAAGGCCAACUAUUAUAGAGGAGGAAGAGGUUGCUGAUCCCGCAACAGAAACAGGAGACCUAAGAAAAAGAAGAAAGUCUGCUUCCAUCACCACACAGCCUAGGUCCAAAAUAUCCCGCACAAACCAUCAAUCAGACAGAGAAGUUAAAGCUUUAGAAGAUAGAGGAGGGAUAUUAGGGGAAGACCAGGAGUGUGAGGAGAAAAAAGGGGACCAAACUGAAGAAGAGGAAACUCAAGUCUCAGAAUUUGAACACGCUGUCAUUGAGGAAGAGUCACUUCUUGGAGAAGACUCUGUGUUGGCACAGCAAGAAACUCCAUUCACAACUGGAGUGCUCAGGAGCAAAACAAAACUGAUACAAAGAUCGGGUACAAGCACAGACCUCGUGGAAUCUGAGAUCCAGCCUCAGGAUAUUGAAACCAAAACACUGAUUCAGUUGACUGAUGAUACACCUGAAAACAGAGAUGGAAUCACAAAUGAACAGCUUCUUACCAGUGUCACAACUGAGGACCAGACUGAGGGAACACCUAAAAUGUUUGAUGACAGCGUUAUACAUAUGGCCAUUGAAGACGCAGAAAUUGAAGAAACAGAAACACCCCCAGAAAGUCAUAAAGAUACAGCUACAUGUGCGGAAAUGUGUGAGAAUGUCAAAAGUGGCAAAAAAAGAAUUUCAGACAAAACAGAGAAUAUCCUGAAGCCAAAAAGAAAUUCCUUAAGAAAGAGACCAAGGGUGGAUUACGCUGAGAAUGAUGAGAUGGGGGAAGAUGAAAUGAAGAGUGACAAAGAAAAAAAGAAUUCAAAUGAAUCCAAAGGCUACAUGGAAGAGAGCACUUCAACUGGCAAUGAGAGGCAGGAGGAUUUAAAGAAAGAAGAGCGCGUGGAACCUGUGGAGAACCUUGGAGCUGACACACAGAAUUCAGGAUCUGAUGAUGAAGAGGAAGGGGUAGCACAUGAAAAUGAGCCGAGUGCAUCAGAUGACAUAGAGCAAACAGUUGAAAAAAGACUUCUGAGAAGUAGGACCAUUUCUUCUAUUGCAAUAAAACCACACUCUGAAUCUAGAUGCCACACUGCGACACUGGACAGAUGUGAGGGGUCGUCAUCUGAUAAAGGCUAUGGGAAAAGUCCUCCGUCACCCCAGAGAAGUCAUCUCCGCAAGAAAACAAGCUAUAAACUAACUCCAGCCCGCAGGUCCGCACGUCACAGCAGAGUUUAGACGAAAAUCAAGCCAAUCACUCAAGCCAUGCUAAAAGAUACCUUUUAGAGCAGAGGUCAUGAACAUCUACAAUGGUACUCAGUAGAGUACAAACCUUGAAGGCAGAGCAAUUCAAAGCAUAAAUUGCCAUCUGACUUAGAUCGGUGGGGCCUGUGUUAAUGCACAUUACAAAGCAGGUAACAACUCCCGGAUGAAAAUGUUUCACCUCAAACCCUAUGUAUGUUGUCAUUUGUCACAAUUUUAAAUUCAAUAAUAAGUGUACUAUGAGGGUCACAUGGACAACAAUUAUGGCUAAAACAGCAUAGGGCAGUGGUUCUCAAAGUUUGCUAUGGUGUGGGCUCCCUCUAGUGGUACCUGCAAGAAUCCAAAUUAAAGCUUCAAACUGCAUGUUGUUACAGCGCUUUCAAAUUUAUUAUUUUGUUUUUUAAAUACCGUGUAGUACUUUGGUUAAGUACAAUUCAGUUGUAUUUACCUUUUAACUAUAAUACAUUUGCAUUGAAUCAUUUAGGAAUGUUUCUUCAAACAUUUAUUUAGGUACAAUUUUAUUUAACUUUGUGCAUUACAUUUGAUUUGAUUCAGUAGGUGCAGGUUUUUUCCCCCCUAUAGUUAAAAGCAGAAGUUCCAACUGUGUAUAAUAUUAAAUACACUUUUUAGAAAUAAAACCCGCGUCUCAUUUUAGAUGAACACUUGGGGCGAUGACGCUACUGUAUUUUAAUGUUGGUCAUCAUGGUGGUGCUUCGAACUUACGUACUUAUUUUUAUUGGUGGUAUUGGGGUAAAAUGAUUGAAAAGCAAUGGCCUAGCGGCUUUUAAAUACAAAGAGGUCAUAGCCAGUUAUUUCACAGAACAUCGUCAUUGCACACUGCAGUGCAAACUGCAUUUAGUGGGGUCGGGGGAAAAUAUAAUCUUAAUUUGUGGUUAAAAUAGCUAAGCGACGUGAUUGGGACAGCCAAGUGUCAUUACAGUACUAUAAAACAAUGCUGCUGUAAUUGGCGGAUGAGCCGUCAUGUUGAUGACGUCAACGAUGUAACGGACACGCCAUUAAAGAUGACACCCAGCAACCCCCAGUCUCGUGCUGUGCUGCAAAGCUGUCUCGGCUGCCCCGCUGAACCAGUCUGCGUGCAUAAGACAUCUAAGGAAAACCUUGUCUGUUUAUCAAAGAAGAAGCAAGAGGAGGCUUAACUUCACGGACUGACGCUAAAUGAAUUACCAGCCAGUCCCAAGUAGCUCAUUAAAGCUGAGACACAGACAUUGGUUUCUCACCCGGACGCUAAAUUAAAUCACUUCCACCCCCAGCCAGCCUGAAGAGUCUCACCAACAAAGACUUAUUUUUCCCGCUGUUUCCAGUGACAUUUGUUCCUUCUGUCUGGGACAAUGGCUGGGACACUAGCGACACCCACAGGUAGUGGAAAUCUACUGCAACUCCGGAUGAACUAAUCACUAUCUUCAAUGGACUUGAAUGUUAUAAAAUAUUUUAAGAACUUUGCAUAAACGCCAUAGUGUUACCAUCACAAUAGCGCCAAGAGUAAUUGUAUUUCUGCAAUUUUGAAUGUCUGAUAAUAAUAAUAACUGAACCGGAUGAGAUGUUUCACCCCGCACAACACAAAUGCCAUAUUGCAAAUAUUACAAUGUUCUCAACAACCACAAACAAUUGAAACAAUCAAUACAGGGAUGAAAGAAGAUGUGCGAGUGACAAUGCAAAGCUGGAAAAUGGUCUCGUUAUUUUAUAUCCAAUAAUUCAUAUUUUAUUGCACUGGAUUUAAACCACAAAAUAAUCCUAGGAUGAAAAAGUUGGAUUAAGAGGCGGUCCAUCUCCCCUUUUGGUCCCGGAGGUGGGGGCGGGGGCGCUCGUUCGACCAACUUGCCGAAGACUGCCUCAGCUAGGAAGCACCACCUAGCACCACGAGGUGGCAAGGACACAUUGGACCCUUCCCCGCCGCAUGGCAUCCUGCCAGCACUUUUGGGUGCCUGGGCAAACUCUGUUGGGAAGGAAGCGGGCAGCACACGUCCUCUGAACGUCUUAGAAACAGCGACAUACGGGCUCCGGCCGCCCUGCCUGGGAACUUUUUUUCUUCCUGCUCUUCUUUUUUUUCCUUCCACCUUUUCCACCAAAUCCACCAGUUCCCCAUGCGGACCGGACUGGCCUAACAUUCGGGAAAUCGACCAGCCUAAAUUCUGUUCCACGCAACGUAAAUCCAUCUUGUGCUGUACUAAAAUGAACAGAUUAGUGCAUGUUUGGGUUUAAAUUAACGAGGACAGGAAACCCUAGCUAUAUGCAUUGUCAAUACACGCUCAUUCCACCGUCACAUCACAAGUUCAGCCUCCUCCUACCUCCUGUCCUUUCUUUGCUUUUUCCCUGUAGAUUCCCAUGUUAGAUGUCAUUAAAUAUUCUAUAAAAAUUCAGUACCUCUAUCAUUUGUGUGGGUUUGCGUUCGACAACAGACUUCUGGUUAUCGAGAACUCUUAUCUCAUUCCUGUAGCAACCUUCAGAAUAUGAGACUGAUAAAUGUUUGUCGUCUUCUAAAUUUUAUACAUCUAAAAAGCGACGUGGUUCACCUUUACGAGACAAAAUAGCUUGAUUUAUAAGGCUGAAACUUGAAAUUACGCUAAACCGGAAGCAACGCGGGCGUCGCUUCCGUCUUACUAUUUUCUCCUAAAUUAAUUACGUUUUUAUUUAACCCAAUAUACGCUACACGUCAUUGAUGAUGUCAUCGUUAAACCAUGGCGGGUCGCUAUCAAAAAUUUAUCCAGACGCCAUAGCAAGAUUGUUAAAUUUUUAAAAUGCUGUUUUAUGAAAGUUAAACAACUACUUUCAUAAAAUUUAAUAAUGUGAACAUUAAUAGAGCUUAUGCCUGUUUCUGC